AUGGUUUUGGAGAACAUGGAAGGCGAAUCAGGCAGAAAUAUCCUGGGAUUGGAUACAACGAUGGGGACAACAGAUCCCAUCAUUCAGCUGACGAAGAUGGAGCUACAGCAACUGAUGGAAGAAGCCGGAAGGAAAGCUAUCGUGGCAUACGAACGAAGGACCACCACACCCGUUGAAAGAGGUGGUCCACGGAGGAAACUAUUCGAGGAAAGAGAACCAGAAAAGACACUGGGAACGUGCAGAAAGGAUCAGAACAAACGCCUACCCUCGGAGGUGGGUUCUAGUAGUCGAGAGAAGAGCCAAGUUAGGGGACCUGCGAUAUCGCGUGCAGAGGUCGAAAGUGUAUCGAAGCAGAUCGUCAAACUGGGGAGACAAAUUGACGAACUAAAAAAAAGGGGAGAGAUCGUAUCUCAACAUAGAAACUCGCCGUUCUGCAACCAGAUUUUAAUAGAGACUGUACCACCAAACUUCAGGAUGCCAGACCUCACCAAAUAUGAUGGAACAAAAGAUCCGUUAGAACAUUUAGCUGCGUUUGAUAUGGUGAUGAACCUUUACGGACAACCAGGCCCAAUUAAUGCUAAAUUAUUUGUUACCACUCUGACAGGUAAAGCUCAGGAAUGGUUCGUCACUCUACCACCAGGGAGCAUCGAGUCACACGAGCAGCUCACGCAGAAAUUUGCUUUCCACUUUGCUAGCAAACGGAAGCAGAAAAGAUCUGCUACCCACCUAUUCACCAUCAGACAACAAGACAAUGAAGCACUGAAAAGUUUCAUGGGACGCUUCAACAAUGGGACGCUAGAAGUACCUGAUUUGAGAAUCGACAUGAUGGUAAGCAUCCUGAUCCAUGGACUGAAGAAGGGAGCAUUUGCAUCUGCAUUAGCGCGCGACCCCCCGUCGGACAUCGAGCAACUCAUGAACAUGGCCCAAAAGUACAUAGAUGAAGAAGAAAUGAAUGCCCUGAAGGAUGGCGAAUGGAGAUCCGACGAAGGGAGAGGUCGCAGGAUUUAUGAUAAGGAGGAGCGACGAUCGAGGCACGAACGGAACAGAGAACAAUACCAGCGUAAAUACCAGAAAUAUACCCCCCUCAACACGACGAGGGCGAAGGCACUGCUUAUGCUGGAAAGGAAAGAUGUGCUCAGAUGGCCGAAACCCACAAGGGCAACCCCAGCUAGAAAAAAUUCACACAAGUAUUGCAGAUUCCACAGGGAGCGAGGCCAUGAUACUGACGAAUGUUACCAACUCAAAGACGAAAUAGAGCGUCUCAUUCGCCAGGGAUACUUCAAGGACCUGAUAGCAAGAAAUUAUCAGGAUGGAAAUCGCAAAAGCAGAUCGCGGAGCCGAGAAAGGCGAGCAGGAAACGGCAUAAGUGCAGGACAUAAUGCUCGCGAAAACGCCCCUGUAAAAGGGGUUAUUCACUCAAUAGCCGGACCUGACGAAGGACACUCAAAGCGAGCAAGGAAGAAGAUCGAGCGAAGGAUGUCUGUGGUCACCGAUCGGCAGAUCAUGAACGUAUCACCAGAAGUAGACAUUACCUUCGGGGCCCAAGACUUGAAAGAAAAGGUGGGAGACGACAACGACCCAAUGGUAAUCAAAAUGGACAUCGCCAACUUCACAGUCCAUAAAGUCCUGGUAGAUAAUGGGAGCUCAGCAGAUAUUAUCCUCCAAGAAGUAUUGACCAAAAUGGGCCUAGGUGAUACCAGACUAGGCCCCGUGAGAUCACCGCUGGUCGGCUUUGGAGGAGGCGAAGUGGAUUCGUUGGGAACAAUCGAGUUACCCGUCUCCAUUGGUGACGAACCACGGAGGAGAACAUUAAUGGUAAAAUUUCUCGUGGUUGAAACUCCUUUCGCUUAUAAUGUUAUUUUGGGUAGACCGGGUUUAAACAGUUUCAGGGCCAUCGUAUCUACCUACCACCUGAGGAUGAAGUUUCCCACCCCUGCCGGAAUAGGAGAGGUUGCCUGCGACCAGAAAGAAGCUCGACGAUGCUAUAAUCUAUCAGUGAAGAAAGAGACGGUGGAAAGGAAAAGGAAAUUUGAAGAAUCACUAGUGAAUAAAAACGAGGAAAGAAUAACACCAAUCGAUGAACACAAAGAGAUCGAGCUAGUACCAGGGGAUGCGACGAAAACUACAAAAAUAGGUUCAAAAUUGGAAAGAGGACUCGAAACAAUGAUGAUUACCUUUUUGCGCAGCAACCUUGACAUGUUCGCAUGGAGCCCGUCUGACUUUAAAGGAAUCAACCCAGAAAUCAUCGUACAUCGACUGAACAUAAAUCCCAGCGUCCGACCGGUCCAGCAGAAGAAGAGAGCAUUUGGGAUCGAAAAGAACCGUAUCAUCCAAGCAGAGGUAGAUAAACUACUGGGAGCAGGGUACGUAUCUGAAGUUCAUUAUACGGAGUGGUUAUCGAAUGUAGUAGUGGUACCGAAGGCAUCUGGGAAAUGGAGGAUGUGCACUGACUUCACGGACUUGAAUAAAGCAUGCCCAAAAGACCCAUACCCGUUGCCCAGGAUAGACCAGCUGGUUGACGCAACGGCAGGAUUUGAAUUGUUUUCAAUGAUGGACGCAUAUCAGGGCUACCACCAAAUCCGUAUGGCAAAAGAGGAUCGCAUCAAAACGUCGUUCGUAACUGAGCAAGGUAUAUUUUGUUAUAACGUAAUGCCGUUUGGUCUAAAAAAUGCAGGUGCGACAUACCAAAGGCUCGUGAAUAAAAUGUUCGAGAAACAAAUCGGGUCAACAAUGGAGGUCUACGUCGACGACAUGAUGGUCAAAAGUCAGCGAUCGGAAAUGCACAUGCGCGACCUCGGUACAGCUUUUGCUAUAAUGAGGACGUAUGGAAUGAAACUCAACCCCACAAAAUGCACUUUUGGAGUUGGAGGAGGGAAGUUCUUAGGCUACAUGGUGAGUAGUCGAGGGAUCGAAGCGAACCCUGAGAAGAUUGCAGCAAUCCUCGGGUUAAAGUCGCCAUGCUCUGUGAAAGACGUCCAGAAGUUAACUGGUAAGAUCGCAUCCCUCAGUAGAUUUAUUUCCAAAUCCGCAGAUAGGAAUUUACCUUUCUUUAAAGUAUUGAGAAAACCAAAAAAUUUCGAACGGACGGAUGAAUGCGAACAAGCGUUCAACCAACUCAAGGAUUACCUAAGAAAACCACCACUGUUGGUGAAUCCCCGAGUGGGGGAUACGUUGUUCUUAUAUCUGGUUGUAUCUGAGCACGCAGUUAGUUCGGCCCUGGUAAGGGAAGAGAACAAGAUCCAGAAUCCAGUCUACUACGUCAGCAAGAUGUUGCAAGGGGCCGAACUAAGAUACAGCAUGAUCGAAAAGUUGGUCCUCGCGUUAGUUGUUACAGCACGAAGAUUGAGGCCAUAUUUUCAGUCGCACAAAAUCGUAGUAUUGACGAACCAACCACUCAAGAACAUUCUAUCUCGACCAGAGGUUUCGGGUCGCUUGGUGAAAUGGGCGAUAGAGUUGGGGGAACACGACAUUGAUUACCAGGCUAGGACUUCUGAAAAAGGCCAGAUCCUGGCAGAUUUUGUGAUCGAGAUGUCAAACGAGAACCCACCGGAGAAUGAAUUAUGGAUGCUACACGUGGAUGGGUCGUCGAACGCCAGUAAUGGUGGUGCCGGAAUUCUGAUACAAGGACCCAAGGGGAUAGAGAUAGAAGUAGCUGCGAGAUUGUCGUUCCAAGCAACUAACAAUGAGGCGGAGUAUGAAGCGUUGAUCCUGGGAUUAGAACUAGCUCACGAGGCGGGAGCGAGGAACCUGGAAGUAUACACGGACUCCCAAUUGGUGGCCAUGCAGGUCGAAGGGCGUUAUGAAGCUAAAGAGCGAACCAUGGUCUUGUACCUCCAGAAAACUAAAGCGUGGAUGGAGCGAUUCGAGAAAUGUACUGUCCAGCAGAUACCGAGAGACGAAAAUGACAGAGCGGACUCCCUAUCAAAAUUCGGAGCGUUAUUGACCGGUGUAAAAAGUCGUAGUAUCACAAUAAUGAUAAAGGAGAAACCGGCCAUCGUCGAAACGUUAGACAUAAAGGCCGUAGAACAACCCUGUACGUGGAAAGAUGAACUGAUGAUGUUUCUUAGCAAAGGAAUUUUGCCGGAGAACCCGGUGCGUGCGAGGAAUAUAAAGCUGAAAGCAACAAGGUUCACUAUGAUCGAGUCAGAGCUCUACAAAAGAACGCACGAGGGACCACUUCUCAAAUGUUUAAACCAUGAGCAGGCAGAAUAUGUCUUGAGAGAAAUUCACGAAGGCAGUUGCGGAAACCAAUCUGGGGCAAGGUCGCUGGCACUGAAGGUCACCAGGCAGGGGUACUUCUGGCCGACCUUGAUGAAGGAUGCGAAGGCACUAGUGCAGAAAUGUGAAAGCUGCCAAAAGUUUUCUUCCCGUAUACACGUCCCUGCCACGCCUUUAGAACCAGUGCAGAUUACAUGCCCAUUCGAUCAGUGGGGAAUCGAUAUAUUAGGGCCCCUACCUCCCGCUAAGGCACAGAAAAAAUUCAUAAUACUCGCGGUCGAGUAUUUCUCGAAAUGGGUCGAAGCCGAGGCAGUGGCUAGGAUAUCAGAGAAAGAGAUGAUUAACUUCAUUUGGAAAAACAUUAUCUGUCGGUUUGGAAUUCCUAGGAUACUCAUUUCGGAUAACGGCACACAGUUUCAGGGUAAGGAAAUCACGAAUUGGUUGAAAGAGUUAAAAAUCCAGCAGAAUUUCACAUCGGUCGGUCAUCCUCAGUCUAACGGGCAAACGGAGGUGACUAACAGAACUGUCAUGCAAUAUUUGAAAACCAGGAUCAAGUCAAAAGGAUCAUGGGACGAAGAACUUCCAAGUGUCCUAUGGGCGUACAGGACGACCCCGAGGUCGUCCACAGGUGAGACCCCUUUUUGCAUGGUUUACGGUUCUGAAGCUAUUAUUCCUGCAGAAAUCGGCGAGGAGACUCAAAGGAUCGCGCAAUACGACCCGGGAGAGAACGACCAGGCGAGGGUUUUCGACCUAAUCACAUUAGAAGAAAGAAGAAAUGCAGCAUACGCUAAAAUACUCCACCACAAAACCCUGAUGAUGAGGCAGUACAACAAAAGGUUACGACCGAGAGAACUCCAGAUAGGAGAUUUGGUCCUUAAGAAAGUGGAAGUCUCAAAACAUGUAGGAAAACUCGAUCCUGAAUGGGAAGGACCGUUCAAGGUAAUCGAGAUCCGAAGAAAGGGGUCGUAUGUUCUACAAGACACCAAAGGUCGGAAUCUCCCUCGACCUUGGAAUAUUCGAAAUUUGAGGAAAUUUUACGCCUGA